GUUGAUAUGAAGUUUUAGGAAUAUUGCCUUUCUUUUUCUUUUUUUUUUUCUGUGAUUUCUGUUCUGUAAAUCAGCAGCAGCUUGCAUUUGAACCAAUGGUGACGGUUAGUGUCUUGAAUGAUGCUCUCAAGAGCAUGUACAAUGCAGAGAAAAGGGGUUAAAGACAAGUCAUGAUCAGGCCAUCCUCAAAAGUGAUUAUCAAGUUCCUUUUGGUCAUGCAGAAACAUGGUUAUAUUGGAGAGUUUAAGUAUGUUGAUGAUCACAAAGUUGGAAAAAUUGUGGUUGAAUGGAGGUAGGUAUUUGAACAUGUGUACCAUUUCUAAUUGUUACAUAAUAUUUAUGUAUUAUGGCUUCCCUGCUAAUGGUAUCCUACAAGUAAUCCUUUUAACUUAAUUUUUAUUUUAAAGAUUGGUGGGUGUCUAUGAGAAUGAGAUGUGGGGAUGGCUACACAUUAGUUGAUAACAUGAAAUCUGUUCAGGGAUUUGAUUCCAGGUUUUCAUAGAAUGUCUUUUCUAAUAUUUAUGUGUAAUUCUCUUCUGAGGUACUGGACCACUUCUGAUCCUAUAAUUUUCCUUUUAAGCGCUGGCUAUGGUUUUGCAGGCACACAAAAGUGCCUGCAAUCGCCUCUUUUUAAGUGCCAGCAGAAGCAGUAACCUUUGUAGUGAACUCAUUACCAAGAGGGCUGCAAAAGAUGGAAACUUAGUCCAGUGCCAUCGAAUCGAGUACGAGAGAUGAUAAUUCUAUAUAUAUAAACAAAGAAUGAUUAAAUCC